AUGUCAUCAUCGAUAUCUGAUUGGAUCGGGAGUUUUUUCCAACCAUCAACAACUUAUCAAAGAGUUGGGAAUAAUAGUAAUACUAAUAUACCAGGAUCUUUCCCCACUGAAGAAUCAAAUUCACCAUUGCCAUCAUCAAGAAUCAAUUCAGUAUUCAAUUCACAAACAAUAAAUUCAACUUUCCGUAAUUUAUCUUCUUGGCUUAAUUAUUUAUUAAUUCAACCAUUGAUUAUUAUCAUAUUAAUAAUAUUUCGAAUAUUAUCCACGAUUAUUAAUGUUAUUUAUUUUCAAAAUCAAUCAACUUCAAUAGUGAAUGGGAGUGGCAGUAGAGAUAGUAUUACAAACAAUAAUAAUAGUCGAUAUGAAAUUGUCGAUCCAGUGGCUAAAGCUAGUAAAUUUAUUAGAGAUUUGGAAGAUAAUUUACAACCACCACUGAUUUUGCAAGGGAAUAAUACUAAUGGUGGUAGUGGUGGAAAUGUGGUUAAUGAUACACACUCACCGGUAACACUGGCAACUGGUACAGCAACAGCAACAGCAACAGCAACAGCCACCACAAUAUCUGCUAGUGAAAGAUUGCCACCAUUUUUCCAAGGAAGUUAUACUCAAGCAUUAUAUAUGGCUACGAAAAGAGGGAAAUUUUUAUUUGUUUAUUUAACUAAUCCUCAUAAUGAAAAUGCUAAUGGAAUUUUCAAUAAUAUUAUUACCAAUGAAAUGUUUUUAAAAAUUUUCCAAACUAAUGAAAAUAUAAUUAUAUGGGGAGGAGAUUUAACUAAUCCUGAAGCUUAUCAAUUAGCCAAUAGUCUUGCGGUUACUAAAUUUCCAUUUUUAGGAUUAUUAUGUUUGACAAGAUCACUGAAAAUGACUCCUGAAGGACCAAGGAAAACUGCUAGUAAAUUAUCAUUAGUUAGUAAAAUCCAAGGGAAUAUAAUUAAUAAUCAUAAUUCAAGACAAUUUCAAACCCAAAAUGGAAAUGUUGAUGAUGGUGAUGGUGAUGAUGAUAAUAAUAAUUUUGUAUCAGUGGCUAAUGAAUUGAUUAAAAAGAAAUUUUUAACGAAAAUUACUAAAUAUUCUCCAGAAUUAAAUUUAAUUCGUCAAGAAUUACAAGAUAAAUAUAUGAGUCAAAUAUUAUUAAAACAACAAGAAUUAAAUUAUCAAAAAUCAUUACAAGCUGAUAAAUUGAAAAAACAACAGAAACAAUAUGAUACAUUAUCUAAACAAUAUUUAAUUUAUCAAUUAGAUAGAUUUGAAAAAUAUUUAACCAAAGAUCAAACGAGUAAUGAUGGUAAUAAUAUAGCAAGAAUUGCUAUUAAAUUAACUAAUGGGACUAGAGUCACAGGGUAUUUCCCAUCGGAUAAUUCCAUUGAAGAUAUAUUUAUAUUUGUUGAAUUAAUUAAUCGAGGUUAUUUAAAUCCAAUUUCUACUUCAACUACAACUACAACUACAACCCCCCAUCAUUCAGUGAUUUCAACAUUAACUGAAUCUCAAGCAUUAAUAAAAUUUAAAAAUUUUAAAUUAAUUUAUAAAUUUAAAUUAUUAUCACCAUUACCUCCCAAAAUUUGUUUAAAUGAUGAAUUAUCUAAAGAUAUUAUCAUGAAAAUUAAUCAAUUUGAUAUAAUUUAUCCAAAUGGUUUAUUAAUAGUUGAAGAUAUACAAAAUUAA